CCCUUAGGCGGCGUCUGCCCUCAUCAAAGAUGGUGAUCGGAAGCAUUGUGGGUUAUUAGGCUCUCACCCUUCUCUCACGCUUUGGUGGCAGAGAUGGCGGCGGCUGAGUUAGAAUAUGAGUCCGUUCUCUGCGUGAAGACCGAUGUAAACGUCUAUCGCAUCCCGCCGCGCACUUCUAACCGCGGGUACAGGGCAUCUGACUGGAAACUGGACCAUCCAGACUGGACAGGGCGGCUUCGUGUCACAUCUAAAGGCAAAACUGCAUAUAUAAAACUGGAGGAUAAAGUUUCAGGAGAACUCUUUGCUCAGGCUCCUAUAGAUCAAUACCCUGGCAUUGCAGUAGAGACUGUGACAGAUUCCAGCCGCUAUUUUGUUAUUCGAAUUCAGGAUGGGACUGGACGAAGUGCUUUUAUAGGCAUUGGAUUCACGGAUCGUGGUGAUGCCUUUGACUUCAACGUCUCUUUACAGGAUCACUUCAAGUGGGUAAAGCAGGAGACUGAGAUCUCCAAGGAGUCUCAGGAAUCUGACACACGUCCUAAAUUAGACUUAGGGUUUAAGGAAGGGCAGACCAUCAAACUGAACAUUGGGAAUAUGAUGACAAAGAAAGGAGGAGCAGCCAAGCCCCGUGCACCUGGAUCAGGUGGCCUAAGCCUGCUGCCACCCCCACCAGGAGGCAAAGUUGUAGUCCCUCCCAUACCUCCCCCUUCUUCCACAGCCAUUGCCAACCAUGUCACACCACCACCUGUUCUGAAAUCCAGUGGCAUGGGCAAUGCAGAUAUUCUGUUAGACUUAGAGGGUCCUGCAUCUGCAUCAAAGGCACCAGUAUCAGCCCCUACAGACCUCUGGGGAGAAUUCAGCACUGCAACCAGUGCUGUUCCCAGUCAGGCUCCUCAGCAGUCCAACUGGGUCCAAUUCUGAAUAGUGAAAAUGGUGGAAGGGGACAAAAUGAUUACCAAGAUACUCUAGAGGCAAUCAAAUGGGGCACAAACCUCUAUAGUCUUCAAUCAAAAACAAACUGGGACAAUCCUUCCUCCUUAACCCAGAUCUUCACUUCAGUUAAAAGCUGUCAUUUAUGAUCCCAAAGUGAAACCACUGAACCUAAAGAGAAUAUGCUGACUCGUCACAAGAUGGGCAAGAAGAAGAGAAGUAGCGUCAUUUCUUCUAACCGCUUGAUGCACCUUAGCUCUUUUCCUGUAUGGAAGGACUCAGAAAAAGCAAGAAUCCUGAAGAAGGUGGAUACAGGAGGAGGCUGCUUAGCUACUUCUAGGUUCCUUGUCCUUUUAAAUUUUCUGCUUUUUGUGGCUGCUUUCAGUGGUGACUUGGGCCUCUGCAGCUUGUCCCACAGUACUAAGAACUGCUUUUGGCUGCAGCUUGUAAACAGAAGCUGUAAGCAGACAGGUCUUGUAUCACACAAAACCCUCUGAUGAGUUGUCUGUGGUAAGGAGCGAAUCUUCUAUGCAUGUAGUACUUUCCUCUUUGGUUCAGUUCCUGAUAGCUCUGGAUGUUCUGUGUUUUGUGGGAGGAGUUAUGCAGUUGCUUGAGUAGACCUCCUGCAAGUUUACUGCAGCUCCAGGUGGGGACACCAUCAUGAACUUGUUUGGCUUGUAAGUUCACUGCAGGAACUUCUUUAUUUUCACUCCUUUCUUUCUCCCACCCAACAUAAGUCCUUAUUGCCAUUAUUUUUAACUGGAAAUAGGUUGUUUUUCCUUUUAAAAAGGCAAGCCUGUUAGUGCAAUUUGGUAGUUACUUGCACUAGAUGACAAAUAGGUAGUCCUAUCAUUCAUCAUUUCAUGUUCAUCUGUCACUAUCCUGAGCCUUGUGCUGUGACUUGGCACCACAGGGAUACGACCUGCCUAUUUUAACUCGGAUAUUUUUUUCCUUGUUAUUUUUAAUGUGCUCCAAACCCGUUCUCUUUCCCUUGUGGUUUAGUGGUUUAGAAAGGUGUGAAAGGCCCUUGCUCUCUGCUCUUUUUUUUGGGAGAGUUUCAUAACAGCCUUUAAUUUGGACACUAGUAUCUUCAACAACUGUGGAUAGCAUCUGGUCAGUCUGCUGAUUCUUUUGGGCAAAGCUAAUGGGCAGGCUGGAAACCUCACAGUGCUGGCUGCCUUUUGUGGUAGCUGAUAGGCCAAAAGAGAAGCUAGGAAGGUGGUCUCAGUGACUCUUCUAGAGCUGUCCCCAGUUAGUAGAACACUAGUCUUUUGGUACUUCACUGGAAGGCUUCUUUCUGUUUUGAACACUCAAUGGGCAUGGACACUUUUUAAACUGGGAUAUGCUCUGCCAGCACACCCGUGCAAAUAAUUUUUUCCCUUUGGGCAAAGAUUUCCUGGUAAGGCUUUUAGAAGUUUGCUGUAUGCACCUUGUACUUGCAGAAAGUACUUUCUACACUGAGGGCAUUUAGAGACAAAGUUUCACUUAGACCAUCCCUGUGGGAAGAAAAAAAUCUUGAAAAUAGCUCUGAAGCUGCUGCAGUUCCACUUGUGGAAGUGGGGACCAGACUGCUCUUGGAUGUAUUUUAAGUAGUCAUUUUAAUCCUGAUCCCAUGGUUCUCCUGGUGUUUCCCAGCUGUCAUCCUCACUUCUGCAGUUUCCUGCCUCCUCUGAAUUUGUGGGUGGCUGUAAUCUGCUAGCAAAGUCACAGACUCUGUUGGUUGCCUUUUUGUUUUCUUUCUCUGCUCACAUCAUAGUGAGGUCAUGUCAUUUCAACUAUCUAGCAGUUCCCCAAGCCAAGAAAGUUCGUGGCACCAAUUAACAACUAUGUAGGAGCCUCUUCUGUAUUGUCCUAGUCUUCUGAAUAUAUUAUGUAUUUGAAAAGCCGAAGAAGCAAAAAUUAAAGAUAUAUGUAUAUAAAGCAUAAGAUGUACUGGUGCAAAUGAUAAUUAAACUAGUAAUAUUGGGGAAAAGAGUGCCAUAA